AGUUCCAGGAGCAACAGCCCAGAAGAGGACGCGGUCCCCGCACCGAGGGCUUCUGCACCAUCACCCCUACCAUUAGGCGGCGGGAUGUCUGUGGUCGGUAUUGACCUCGGCUUUCUCAACUGCUACAUCGCAGUAGCGAGGAGCGGCGGCAUCGAAACCAUCGCCAAUGAGUACAGCGACAGGUGUACCCCAGCGUGUAUAUCUUUGGGAUCAAGAACACGAGCCAUUGGAAAUGCAGCUAAGAGCCAGAUAGUCACGAAUGUAAGAAAUACAAUUCACGGUUUCAAAAAACUUCAUGGGCGAUCUUUUGAUGAUCCUAUUGUGCAAACUGAAAGGAUCAGGCUUCCCUAUGAGCUGCAGAAGAUGCCGAAUGGAAGUGCAGGGGUUAAGGUGCGAUACCUAGAAGAAGAAAGACCUUUUGCAAUUGAGCAGGUUACUGGGAUGCUAUUGGCUAAGCUUAAAGAGACUUCAGAAAAUGCUUUGAAGAAACCAGUGGCUGACUGUGUGAUUUCAAUUCCUAGCUUUUUCACUGAUGCUGAGAGAAGAUCUGUGAUGGCUGCAGCCCAGGUUGCAGGUUUAAAUUGUUUGAGGUUAAUGAAUGAAACUACUGCAGUUGCACUAGCAUAUGGAAUUUAUAAACAGGAUCUUCCUCCAUUAGAUGAGAAACCAAGAAAUGUAAUAUUUAUUGAUAUGGGACAUUCUGCCUAUCAGGUCUCGGUUUGUGCUUUUAACAAAGGAAAACUUAAAGUCUUGGCUACUACCUUUGAUCCAUAUUUGGGUGGCAGGAACUUUGAUGAGGUUUUAGUAGACUACUUCUGUGAAGAGUUCAAGACAAAAUAUAAGAUAAAUGUGAAAGAAAACUCUCGGGCCUUAUUGCGUUUAUAUCAGGAAUGUGAAAAACUAAAGAAGCUAAUGAGUGCAAAUGCAUCAGAUCUUCCACUGAACAUUGAGUGUUUCAUGAAUGACCUUGAUGUUUCUAGUAAAAUGAACAGGGCUCAAUUUGAACAAUUAUGUGCUUCCCUCUUAGCCAGAGUUGAACCACCAUUAAAAGCAGUAAUGGAACAAGCUAACUUACAACGUGAAGACAUAAGUAGUAUAGAAAUUGUAGGGGGAGCAACACGAAUUCCUGCUGUGAAAGAGCAAAUCACUAAAUUCUUUCUUAAAGACAUAAGUACCACAUUAAAUGCUGAUGAAGCUGUUGCAAGAGGAUGUGCAUUACAGUGUGCAAUUCUCUCACCAGCAUUUAAAGUGCGUGAAUUUUCCAUAACAGACAUUGUUCCCUAUUCAAUCACAUUAAGAUGGAAGACCUCUUUUGAAGAUGGAACUGGGGAAUGCGAAGUAUUCUGUAAGAACCAUCCUGCCCCAUUCUCAAAAGUCAUUACUUUCCACAAGAAAGAACCAUUUGAACUAGAAGCAUUUUAUACUAAUUUACAUGAAGUGCCUUAUCCAGAUCCAAGAAUUGGGAACUUUACUAUUCAGAAUGUUUUCCCACAAUCUGAUGGUGAUAGUUCCAAAGUUAAGGUUAAAGUUCGUAUUAACAUCCAUGGAAUCUUCAGUGUGGCUAGUGCAUCUGUAAUUGAGAAGCAAAAUAUAGAAGGGGAUCACAGUGAUGUUCCUAUGGAGACAGAAACUUCUUUUAAGAAUGAAAGCAAAGAUGAUGUGGAUAAAAUGCAGGUUGACCAAGAAGAAGGAGGUCAUCAAAAAUGUCAUGCUGAACACACUCCAGAGGAAGAAAUUGACCAAACAGGAACCAAAACAAAGUCUGCUCUCUCAGAGAAACAAGAGCGACUGAACCAGAACAUUAAAAAAGGGAAAGUAAAGAGUAUUGAUCUGCCUAUCCAGAGUAGCCUGUGUAGGCAACUGGGCCAAGAUCUUCUCAACAGCUACAUUGAAAAUGAGGGGAAGAUGAUAAUGCAGGAUAAGUUAGAGAAAGAAAGAAAUGAUGCGAAGAAUGCUGUUGAAGAAUAUGUAUACGAUUUUAGAGACAAGCUUGGCACUAUCUAUGAAAAAUUCAUCACUCAAGAAGACUUGAAUAAACUGUCUGUGAUAUUGGAGGACACAGAAAAUUGGCUUUAUGAAGAAGGAGAGGACCAACCUAAACAAGUAUAUAUGGAUAAGCUUCAAGAAUUAAAGAAGUAUGGCCAGCCUAUUCAAGUAAGGUACAUGGAACAUGAAGAAAGACCAAAAGCUUUAAACGACUUGGGAAAAAAGAUCCAACUUGUCAUGAAAGUGAUAGAAGCAUACAGAAACAAGGAUGAAAGAUACGAUCAUUUGGAUCCUGCUGAAAUUGAAAAGGUUGAAAAAUAUAUCAGUGAAGCCAUGAGUUGGCUGAACAGUAAGAUGAACGCACAGAACAAACUAAGUCUCACUCAAGAUCCUGUGGUGAAAGUUUCAGAAAUAGUUGCAAAGUCAAAGGAACUGGAUAAUUUCUGUAACCCCAUCAUUUAUAAGCCCAAACCGAAAGUAGAGGCUGCUGAAGACAAGGCAAAGGAUAAUAGUGAACACAAUGGACCAAUGGAUGGACAGAGUGGGGCCGAAACUAAACCAGAUUCAACAAAAGACAACUCGCAGCAUGCUAAAUCUUCCGGAGAGAUGGAAGUGGACUAA